AUGCUCCAAAUUCAUGUUUUACAAGGAUGGGAAUUGAUUGAGGACCUCGAAAAGCUACCUCAAAGACUGAAAGCAGCAAGCUAUGAGUUUCAAAGAGGCGAUGCUGUCGCUGUAUGGAAGAAGGGGACAGUGGGGCUGGAAACGUCUGCGCCCGACAGCAACAGGGCUUUGACCCCGGUCAACGCUCCUAAAAGUGCACGCCCUGCAGACGAGGCUGCAGGCCAGAAGGGUAGACUUGUCAUCGAAUUCCGAACAGAAGUCAAUGAUCUUCUCAAAGAUUUCGAGAGAAAGCGAGGCAGCUCGCUGCCGAUAUCGGCAAUAGCCGAAUCAAAGCGCGCUCGAGCAAUCAGUACGUUCAACUCGAACUUUGUUAACCGUGGGUCAGUUUCUCAAGAUUUGGGUCAGGAAGACUUGCCUCAGAGCAAUCCGUUCCAGUUGAACAACUUCCCUACGCCGACUUCGAUCACUCGAAAUCUUACAGGAAAACAGCUUUGCAGCCCAUGGUAG